AAUAUGCAGGUUAAGUACUGGAAGAACUUACAAAGUCCAAUCGACGGGAUGCAAAAGAUAUCUGCCAUGUGCUGGUCACCUGACUCUAAGAGACAUGCUGUAGCAACUGCUGAUAGAGUCGUCCAGCUUUAUGACGAGAAUGGAGAGAAGAAAGAUAGAUUCGGGACAAGACCCGCAGAGAAAGGACAGAAGAGCUAUGUUAUCAGAGCCAUGGCCUUCUCUCUAGAUUCUACCAAGAUCGCUAUUGCUCAGAGUGACAAUGCUAUCUUUGUGUACAAGCUUGGUACCGAAUGGAAAGAAAGAAAGUCUAUCUGUAACAAGUUUAUCCAAGCUUCUUCUGUUACUUGUAUGAUCUGGCCUAAUGAUAGGGUGAACGAAAUUUACUUUGGAGUUGCUGAAGGGAAAGUAAGAGUCGGAACUCUUAAGAAUAACAAGAGCUCCUCAGUAUACGCUACAGAAAGCUAUGUAGUUUCUAUUUCCGCUUCCCCAGAUGGAAACAAUAUCGUAUCUGGGCAUUUGGAUGGAGCUAUUAUUACAAUGAAUCUUGAAUCGAAGGCAAAACAAAAGAUUACCACUCACUCUUCUGUCCCUUAUGCUCUUGCUUGGGGAGUACAAAUUCUUGCUGCAGGAAAUGAUGGAAGAGUUGUGUUCUACGAAGCUGACGGGAACUGCUUCCAGAAGAUCGAUUAUUCAAAAGAUGACAAAGUGAAAGAAUUCACAGGAGCCAUGUUCAACCCUACUGGUGAAACUGCCAUCGUAGGAAACUUCAACAGGUUCUAUGUCUACAACUAUAACAAUAAGAGACCACAAUGGGAUGAGAUUUGUUGUAAACAUAUUGAGAACUACUACAGUGUCACUGCUCUGGCCUGGAAAUUUGAUUCUUCCAAGUUUGGAUUCGGAUCUCUCUGUGGAUCGAUCGAUGUCUUCGAUGUUUGUCUCAGAAAGAGUAAAUCCUUCACUUAUGUAUCAUUAAGUCAAGUCAUAGUCAAGUCUAAGGAAGGAAAUAAACAGAUGGUCAUAAAAUCCGAAGUCGGUGCUGAGAUUGAUAAGAUCAACGUCUCUCAAGAUAGGUAUGUUAUAGGUAACACUGCUGAAACUAUUCUUCUUGGUGACAUCGAGACUGGAAAAUCUUCUGAAAUUCUUUGGAGAGGUUCUGGAAACGAAAAGUUCAUAUUCAAUAAUCCUAAUGUCUGUAUGAUCUACAACGCUGGUGAACUCUCUAUCGUUGAGUUUGGAGUCAACGAGAUCAUUGGCACAUGUAGAACAGAAAGCUUGCACCCAAAUCUGAUCAGUGCUAGGUUGAAUUAUUCUCAAAAGCAAGGAUAUGAAGAAGAGAAUGUGGCAAAAGUUAUUGCCUAUCUCCUUGACCCUCAGACUAUCUAUGUCCAAGAUUUGAACAACCAGCAAAUUUUAGCUCAGAUCAAUCAUGAUGGAAAGAUUGAUUACUUAGAGCUCAACCCUGGAGGCAAUAAGCUGUUGUUCAGAGAUAGAUGGAAGCAACUUUAUUUGUACAACAUUAUCGAACAGACUAAGACCACUCUGCUGAACUAUUGCUCAUAUGUAAACUGGGUACCUUUCAGUGAUGUUGUAGUUGCUCAGAACAGAGGCAAUCUAUGUGUCUGGUACUCUAUUGAUGAGCCAGAUAAGAUGACCAAGUACGAUAUCAAGGGAGAUGUUGAGUCUAUUGAGAGAUCUGACGGAAAAACUGAAGUCAUUGUUGAUGAUGGAAGCAACACCUACAGUUAUGCUCUUGAAGAAACCUUAAUCGCAUUCAGUGCAGCUCUAGAAUACAAAAGCUUGGAGAAUGCCAUGGAGAUCCUCGAGCCACUUGAACUCACUCAAGAGAAUGAAGCUAACUGGAAGAGUCUCACCAAGAUUGCUAUUGAACAGAACAACUUCUUUGUUGCUGAGAGAUGCUAUGCUGCUCUUGGUGAUGUUGCUAAGGCUGGAUAUUAUAGAAAGAUUAAUGACUUGGUGAGAGAGAAUGGAUAUGAUGACUAUAAGGUUCAAUCUAAGCUCGCUGUUCUCUCAAAACAUUUCCAAAAGGCUGAAGCCAUAUUGCUAGAUCAUAAUCAGCUUGAAGAGGCUAUGGCUAUGUAUCAAGAAGUACAUAGAUGGGACGAAAGUAUCAAGCUUGCUGAGAGAAUGAAGCAUCAGGAUGCUCAAGAAUACCUAGAUAACUACUAUGGGUGGCUCCUUAGUACUAACCAAGAGCCAAAAGCAGCUGAAAUUAAAGAAAGAGCUGGUGAUUACAUUACAGCAAUUAACUUAUAUUUGAAAGGAGGACUUCCAGCCAAGGCGGCUAACAUUGUAACUACCUACAAUAUGUCUUAUCCCCAAGAUCUACUUGAGAAGAUCGCUUCUUCUCUGACAUCUAACAACAUGCAUGAGAAAGCAGGUGACUUCUUUGAGAAAUUAGACUUACAACAGAGAGCUCUAGAUGCUUUUGUUAGAGGAAGAGCAUUCAGAAAAGCUAUUGACUUAGCAAAGAGAGCUUUCCCAACAGCUGUUGUCAAUCUUGAAGAAGAAUGGGGAGAUCAUCUCUGCUCCCAGAAGCAGCACGAUCUUGCUAUCAGUCAUUACAAACAAGCUGGUAUCUUCAGUAAGGCUGUUGAGGCUGCAAUUAAAGCUAAACAGUGGAAUACUGCUGUUCAGUUAGUGCAAGGUCAGCCAGAAGAAAUCGCUAGACCAUUCUACAGAGAGAUUGCUCUUCACUUUGCAGAAGUAAGACAAUUCGAUUUAGCUGAAAAGUACUUUGUUAAAGCUGGAGAAUUUGUUGAGGCAUUUCAGAUGUACGUUAAAGCUAGCAAGUGGGAUGCUGCAUACAAGCUCAUCUCAAGAUAUCUCCCAGAGUCAGAAUAUACCAUGCUCUACAUCAAGGAAGCUCAAAGCUUCGAAAAAGAGGGAAGAUAUAAGGAUUCUGAGAAAAUGUACAUCACUGCUAAUGAGCCUGAUUUGGCUAUCAACAUGUACAAGAAUGCUAAGUUGUACGACCAGAUGAUCAGAUUAGUCUCUAAGUACAGGAAGGAGCUUCUUAAGGACACUCAUAUCCAUCUUGCUCAGGAAUGUGAGACUGAUGGAAAUCACAAACAAGCUGAACACCACUAUGUUGAGGGAGGCCAUUGGAAUGGUGCUGUUGAUAUGUACACUGUCCAUGAAAUGUGGGACGAUGCUAUCAGAGUUGCUAAAGCUCAUGGAAGCCAAAAGGAUUGUGAAAAUGUUGCAGUGAAAGUUGCUGAUACCAUGGGACAUGAUUCAGGAAGAGCUUUCCUCAUCAAGAAUGGUCUUGUUGAUGCAGCUAUUGAAUUUGAAGCAAAUAAAGAUAAUUUUGAUGAAGCUUUCAAGUUGGCUAAUCUUCAUGCUAAGUAUAAGCUUCCAGAUGUUCAUUUGAAGUAUGCUCUAUACUUGGAAGAUGAGAAGAGAUACAAGGAAGCUGAAGAAGAAUACAUUAAGGCUAGUAAGCCAGGAGAAGCUAUUGGAAUGUACAAGCACUUAGGAGAUUGGCAUUCUGCCUUACAGGUUGCUAGACAGUACGACCCAGAUAGUGUCAACUCUGUCUUCUUCAGUCAAGGAGAGUCUUUCCUACAAAGAAGAGAUUUUGCUAAAGCUGAAGGAUGCUUCAUCAACGCUAAGGACCCAGAAGCUGCUAUUAAUGCAUAUAUGAGGGAGAGAAUGUAUGGAGAAGCCUUAAGGGUUGCUAAAAAUCAUUGUCCUCACAGAGUUCAUGAGAUUAACCAAAAGAUUGGAGACCCAGGAGGCAUGGGAUCAGACCUCAAAGUUGAGGAUAUCUUCAAUAGUGCUAAGAUUUCUGAAGAUAAUAGAGAUUAUAGUAAGGCUAUUGAUGGAUACCUCAGAAUCACCGAGCAUGACACAUCUGAUAAGGGACUCCUGGAAGAAGCAUGGGAAAGAGCAGCCAACCUUGCUAUGAGCUAUGAUAAAGAUAGAGUCAGAGAUGUAGUGGAGACUGUUGGAGAAAGACUCUACAGCAUUCAGAGCUAUGAUGCCUCAGCAGAGAUUUAUGAGAGAUAUGGAGAUUAUCAGAGAGCAAUUGAGAUUUACAUGGCUGCUCAACAAUUCACAAAGGCUAAACAAGUUGCAGGUUCAGUCAACCCUGCUGAACAACAGAGAUUGUUAUCUAUUAUUGAUGAGAAGGAGAGACAGUUCAGGAUUGAUAGUGGAGACAUUGGAGAUAUGGCUGCUGAUGGAGACGCUCAAAGUCUUGAGAUGCUUUUUAAUAAAGGAAGAUAUGAUCAAUGUCUUCAAAUUGCUGAGCAACAAGGAACUGAUGUUCUAAGUGGAUAUCUUGAAAGAUAUGCUAAACAAUUGGUACAGAAUGGAGACUGGACUGGAACUGCAAACACCAUGAACAAGUAUGGAUGUCCACCUAACCAAAACUUGUUUGCAGUUUACAAGACUGUUGCUCUUGAAAUUUUGGCUGCUUCAAAUGUUUCUGAGCUAACUGCUUGUAAAGGAAUGCUUCAGAGAUUGGUAGACAACCUUACCCUCAGUUAUGACGAUAGUAAUCCUAUUUUCAGGGAGUUUAAUGAGUACUUACUCAUUAAUCAUUAUCUUUUGUUAAAGAUCGAGUGUGAGUCUAGCUCAGGAUCAUCUGCCGUAUACACAAGAUUAUGUAUCUCUCUAUUAAGGUACACUAAAAUUAUCAGGGCUGAUAAAGCUUUCUUAGAUGCUGGUAACGCCUGUAAAAGUGAAGGAAUGAACAACAUGGCCUUCCUCUUCUUCAAGAGAUAUCUUGAUUUAGCUGAAGCUAUUGAAGAUCCAGAUAAUGCCCCAUUCGAGGACAAUGCUGACUUUGAGGGCACUGAUAUCCCAUCUCCAUUUGAUAUUCCACUUCCUGAAAGCAACCUUAUGGGAGAGGAUGAGAGAGAAGAAAUCAGAGACUGGGUCCUUCAGAUCCAGAUGGAUGACAACAUCGACACUACCCUCAACAUGAGGCCAGAUGAGGAUUAUGGGGGUGAAAUUUAUGAAGCUACUCUUGUGAAUCCGAACAAUGGAGAACAGUAUGAUCCAUGUAUUGUCAGUGGAUAUCCUCUCCUCAGAUCUAACAUGAUCACAUGCAAGUUCUGCAACAAGGGAGCCAUCAGAGAGUACUGGAAUGAGUACGUCACUGUUGCUCAAAAGUGCCCUUGGUGCAAGUCUAUCCAGACUCCUUACUAAUUCCUCACUCAAAUUACAAUUCAA